AUGGCAGUUUGCACCAGCAACCUGACGUCCGAUUCUGGCGGUGCUCCGGAAAACUUUCACAUAACCUACUCGCACGAUGGCGAUGCGGAUGAGGAAGCUGUGGACGCUAUGCAUGACGGUGAUCUGCUUUCCACGUCCAGCUUCCAGAUCGGUGGCAUCGGUGGCGAAAGUACGCUGCGAUGCCCUUUGUGCGGUGCCCACCGCCGUCACUUUCACUGCAAAUGGUGCAUACGUCACGGAGACUUCCUGCACACCGUGAACGACGUUUGCUGUCAACUGCCGGAACGGUUCGGUGAAAAACAGCAGCGCUUGAGAAACCUGCGGACGGCCAACGCUACGCUCGAAAGCAAAGGCGCAACGAUGCUGGAAAAGCUGCACCAGGCGGGUCGUUUGACGGGUGAGAUUAAGCAACGGUCGGACAAAGCGAACAUCAUACGGAAAACGAUCGAGCUGAAGCGCAUCGCCAUCGAGGAGUUGCGGCUGAAACAACGUCAUCUAGGUGACGCGAUUCGCAAGCUGCGCAUCACGUUGCCUCGGUACGACGAUAAGGUGAAGACGCUCAGCGAAUUUGUGGCCGGCAAGAUGGAGGAAAGUGAGCACCGCAAGGCAAAGCUGACGGCAGUGCAGGAGCGUUUGUGUCAGCUGAAGCGCGAUCAGGUGCAACAGCUCGUACGGAUCAUCUUCCCGAUCACGCAAACGAUCGUCAGCCGGAGUAGCUUGGCGGGAAGCAGCAGUACGGCGAGCACCGCUAGCGGAAGCUCGACAGGUGGUACGGGACUAAGCAAUACCCGUAGUACGAUAAAUGAAAUUUCCGAAGCCACCCGCACAGCGUACGUCCGUGGCCAGUGGGUAUUGCAGGAUAGUUUCGGGGAGGUACAGCACGUAAUAAUAGCACCGGCCCUUCCCGGCACGGGUAAUUACUCGGCCUACAACGAUUGGGCCACGGGUGAUGGUGGUGCGGUGAUUGGUGCCACCUCUACGGCCACUUCUACUAUGGAAGUAUCUUCUUCGCCUGGUGCAGGUGGCACUAGGGUAGGAAGUCACAAUCCCGCACACACCAUCGCGGCAGCCUUAACGUACACCAGUCAGCUUGUGGCGCUGCUCGGAUACUAUCUGGACGUUCGGUUACCAUACCGCGUGUCGUACGCAGACUUCUGUACGACAACCCUGUCGGAGGCACAGUUUGCCCGAAAGGUGGCACGAUUGAAUGCGGACAUUGUGUUCCUGUGCCACACGCAAGGCUGUCGGUUAAACGACAUGAACCCGACGCACACGCUCGAGAAUGUACUCUGUCUGCUAAAAUCAUCCGUUCUAGGGCACUGUGGACCAACCGAUCGAAACAGCUGUCUUUCCGAUUCGAUGGAACAGCUGCUAAUGCAGCACAUUGGCGAAGAUUCGGACUCGGAAGACGAAACAAACCUUCACCAGGAAUGGGAAGCGGUUCCAAGCAAUCUUUCACCGGUAACGGCGGAACAACCGUACCCACCGAUGGCACUCGCGCUGGACCAAAGACGGCAAACGGUCGGCCACACCGGAUUGCACUACCAUCAUCUACAGCAACCAACGGGUGCCGGCGCAACCAGUCUCAUGACCAGUGCCAUCGCCUCGGUCAGCUCAUUCUGGAAAGGAUGGACGGGGAAGUAA